UCCCACCUGUGGAUUGCAUUGCAUUGCAUCCACUGGUGAGAAAGAAAAACUGAAAUGGAGAGAGUGAGUAGGUUAGUUUCAGAGAACAGGAUUUUGAUCUUCAGCAAGAGCACUUGUUGCUUAAGCUAUGUGGUUCAUGUCCUUUUCCAUGAACUUGGUGCAAAUCCAGUGGUUUACGAGAUAGAUAAAGAUCCAGAAGGUCGGGAGAUGGAGAAGGCUCUUGUUAAGCUCGGCUGCAAAGCUCCGGUUCCAGCUGUCUUCAUCGGAGGCAAUCUGAUAGGUUCCACUAAUGAGGUCAUGUCUCUUCAUCUCAGUGGCUCUCUCAUCCCACUUCUGAAGCCAUUUCGGAUGUCUAACUAAAAAUUCAAUUAAACUUAAUUGCAAAUCUAAUGAAUAAAGAACAGAGUUGGUUGGUCGGUUGGUUGAUUGAUUGCCAAACUUAUUAAUGUAUUGUAAUGUAGUAGCUAUGUGUUUAAUAUUUGGUUUAGUUAGGUUUGUAUUAUUUAGCUUUAAGCAUCAUUUGCAGCCUCUUUUGUCAAGAGAGGAUCAAGAUUGUAGCCUAUUUGCUGCUUAAUUAUAAAUCAAACUAUGUUCUAAUAGUAUUGUAUGUGUAUCCAAUUGCAAGUAUUAUCUAUCCAAGACCCCAAGUCAUGUUCAUGUA